CUCGCCCUCCUGGUUCAGGAGGCGGUGGAGCGGAGCAGCAAGGUGACGUUCCGGGGCCUCAGGCGGCAGGUGACCGCCUCGGACCUGCUGGACUCGGGCAUCAUCAACAAGGACACGCUGGCCGACCUGGUCCAGGGCUCCAAGACGGUGGAGCAGGUGACGCAGAUGGCCUCCGUCAAGCGCUACCUGGACGGCACGGGCUGCAUCGCCGGCGUGCUGGUGCCCUCCAAGGCCGACCCCGCCAAGACGGAGAAGACGAGCAUCUACCAGGCCAUGCGGAAGGGCAUCCUGAGGCAGGGCACGGCCCUGGUGCUGCUGGAGGCGCAGGCGGCCACCGGCUUCCUCAUCGACCCGCUCACCAACCAGAAGCUCUCCGUGGACGAGGCCGUCUCCUCCGGGCUGGUGGGCAGCGAGCUGCACGAGAAGCUGCUGUCGGCCGAGAGGGCCGUCACGGGCUACACCGACCCCUACAGCGGCGCCCAGAUCUCCCUCUUCCAGGCCAUGCAGAAGGAGCUGAUCGUCAGGGAGCACGGCGUCCGCCUGCUGGAGGCCCAGAUCGCCACCGGCGGCAUCAUCGACCCCGUGCACAGCCACCGCAUCCCCGUGGAGGCGGCCUACGAGCGCGGGCUGUUCGACGAGGAGAUGAACCGCAUCCUGUCCGACCCCAGCGACGACACCAAGGGCUUCUUCGACCCCAACACGCACGAGAACCUCACCUACAUGCAGCUCCUGCGCCGCUGCGUGCCCGACCCGGACACGGGGCUGCUGAUGCUGCAGCUGAUGGACAAGGGCUCGGUGCUCUACCAGCUGAGCGAGGACGCCCGCAGAGCCCUGCAGACCGCCCGCACCAGCGUCAGCGCGGGGCUCUUCCAGGGCCAGAGCGUCACCCUCUGGGAGCUCCUCUUCUCUCGCUACGUCCCCGACCGCCGGCGCCAGGACCUCCUGCGCGAGUACAAGGCGGGCACCCUGACGCUGGACCAGCUGGCCAACCUGCUCGCCCUCCUGGUCCAGGAGGCGGUGGAGCGGAGCAGCAAGGUGACGUUCCGGGGCCUCAGGCGGCAGGUGACCGCCUCGGACCUGCUGGACUCGGGCAUCAUCGACAAGGACACGCUGGCCGACCUGGUCCAGGGCUCCAAGACGGUGGAGCAGGUGACGCAGAUGGCCUCCGUCAAGCGCUACCUGGACGGCACGGGCUGCAUCGCCGGCGUGCUGGUGCCCUCCAAGGCCGACCCCGCCAAGACGGAGAAGACGAGCAUCUACCAGGCCAUGCGGAAGGGCAUCCUGAGGCAGGGCACGGCCCUGGUGCUGCUGGAGGCGCAGGCGGCCACCGGCUUCAUCAUCGACCCAGUAAAGAACCAGAAGCUCUCCGUGGACGAGGCCGUCUCCUCCGGGCUGGUGGGCAGCGAGCUGCACGAGAAGCUGCUGUCGGCCGAGAGGGCCGUCACGGGCUACACCGACCCCUACAGCGGCGCCCAGAUCUCCCUCUUCCAGGCCAUGCAGAAGGAGCUGAUCGUCAGGGAGCACGGCGUCCGCCUGCUGGAGGCCCAGAUCGCCACCGGCGGCAUCAUCGACCCCGUGCACAGCCACCGCAUCCCCGUGGAGGCGGCCUACGAGCGCGGGCUGUUCGACGAGGAGAUGAACCGCAUCCUGUCCGACCCCAGUGACGACACCAAGGGCUUCUUCGACCCCAACACGCACGAGAAUCUCACCUACAUGCAGCUCCUGCACCGCUGCGUGCCCGACCCGGACACGGGGCUGUAUUUCCUUAAGAUUUUUGCUAAGUCUGCCAAGCCCAGGGCAGCACAGCAGCCAGAAAGAGGUGAGCAGGGGCUGUGCUCACUUUGUGCCCCGUGCCCAAAGCAGGCAGCAGCGGCGUUCCUACUCAGGAACAGGAGCAGAAGCUCUCAGAAGCCAAAGAUCCGGGGGUCCAGGAGGCCUAGCAGCUCCUCGGAGGACUCUGAGAGAGGCCAGGUUGUCCGUGCCGCUUCCUGCUUUCCAUUGGGCUGCCACGGGGCUUCUCUUCGCUCACACCACGAGAAUGGCUCAGGAACCCGUGUCUCACCAGGUCUUUUCUUUCCCUCUUGCCAGACAAACACGGUGCCCCACGGCAGCAGGACUGUUGCCCAGAGACAGAAGAUGAGUGGAGCCCUUCAGGACAACAAGCCAAGCAACGCGGCAAUGAACCCAACUGCAAGCAAGUGCACAGAGAUGCGUGGGGGUGGGAGUAACUUCAUAGCUGGCGUCUUCAUCCAGGCGAAGAACAAGAAGCUGAGCAUCUACGAUGCCAUGAUCAGGGGGCUCCUGACGCCGGGCACGGCCCUGGUGCUGCUGGAGGCACAGGCUGCGUCGGGGUUCCUCGCCGACCCCAUGAGCAACGCAAAGCUGUCAGUGAAAGAGGCGCUGAGCGCGGGACUCAUCGGCAGAGAUUUCUACGAGAAGCUGCUGUCAGCAGAGGGAGCCGUGAGCGGGUACACGGAGCCGUACACGGGACACAAGAUCUCCCUCUUCCAGGCCAUGCAGAAGGAGUUCAUCGUGAAGGAACACGCCAUCCGCCUGCUGGAGGCCCAGAUCGCCACCGGCGGCAUCAUCGACCCCACCACCGGCGACCGCCUCCCCGUGGAGGUGGCCCAGCAGCGCGGCUACUUCGACCGCGAGAUGUGCCAGUUCCUUCUGAACCCCAAGAACCAAACCAGGAGUUGUUUCGACCCCAACACGCACGAAAACCUCACCUACACGCAGCUCCUGCGCCGCUGUGUGCCCGACCCCGACACGGGGCUGCUGAUGCUGCACGUGAUGGACAAGGGAUCCGCGCUCUUCCAGCUCAACAAGGACGCCCGCAAAGCCCUGCAGGCCGCCCGCACCACCGUCAGCGUGGGGCUCUUCCAGGGCUCCUCCAGCGUCACCGUCUGGGAGCUCCUCUUCUCUCGCUACGUCUCUGAUCACCAGAGAGAGGAGCUGCUGAGGAAAUACAAAGCAGGGACAGUGACCAUCCCGGAGAUGAUCAUCAUUCUCACCACCAUCAUCACUGGGGUGGAAACGGGAAGCGGAGACCUGGACUCAUCCACAGAAACAGCUGACGGUGAGAUAGGAGAGUCACAGCCGGUGCAGGACACGCGCUCCCAGGAGCAGCAGUUGAGAAAGUCUUUAAAGUCUGCAACCAUCUAUGUCACUGCCGGUGAGUUCCAGGGACAAAAUGUCUCCUUGUUGGAUCUGCUCUUUUCCACAUGCGUCCCUCAGGAGAAGCGGCAGGAGCUGCUGGAGCUGUACAGGGCAGGGAUACUGAGCACUGAACAGGUGGCUGCUGCUGUCAGCACCGUCAUAAACAAAACAGAAGCUGCAAAUAUCACACCCACAGCGAACGCUGGGAAUCCACAAAAUGCAGUGUCAAGGGCAGAGGAAAACGGAGACGGUUGUUCAGCACAAGAUAAUGUCUUGAAGUCUACCACCAUUGACAUCCCAGCCGGUGAGUUCUCUGUGUGGGACCUGCUCUUCUCUGACUACAUCCCUGAGGACAAACGGCAGGAGCUCCUGGUGCUGUACCACGGAAGGGUAUUAACCCUGGAGCAGGUGAUAACUGCUGUCACCACUCUCAUUAAGAAAAAAGAAUCUACAGGCAGGAAAUUCCAAAUCACAGUCAAGCACUCCAGCAAGGACACUGUGCCAGCAGCCGGAGAGAAGGAUGAUGACUCCUCCAAAGAGGAGCCACGGGAAACAGCCUUGAAAACCACACUUGUCGACAUGGAGGUCGGAGAGUUUCGGGGCCACAAGGUCUCUGUGUGGGACCUGCUCCACUCCAAGUACAUCCCUGCGGAGAACAGGAAGGAGCUGCUCGAGCUGUACCAGGCAGGAGAGUUAACCCUCGAGCAGGUGAAAACCGUUGUCAGCACCAUUGUGGCCAAGACAGAAGCAGCAGAGGCAGAGGAGUCAGCAAAUGUGAGUGGUCCAAGGGCAGAGAUGACCGUCACAGAAGCGGAGCACACCCAUCACCUGCAGGACAGGACCUGGGAAAAAAUCUUGAAGUCCACCACAGUUGAGAUGGCAGUGGAUGAGUUCCAGGGGAGACGAGUCUCCGUGUGGGACCUGCUGUCCUCCGACUGCCUCCCUGAGGACAAAAGGCAGGAGCUCCUGGAGCUGUUCCGUGACGGGACCCUCACCACUGAGGAACUUAUCCGGGCUAUAAGCAGCACCGUGACACACAGCAAAGAAAGACAUCUCGCAGCCCUUCCUCAGCAGACAGUGGAUCUCCUGCAGUCAGAAGGCUCUUACAUUACCUUCGGGCAGUUCCAGGAGCAGAGGGUGUCGGUGUGGGAGCUCCUCUCCACCAAGCAGGUCUCUGAGUACAAACGAGAAGCGUGUCUCGACAUUUACGGCACGGGAGGGCUGACUGUGAACAAGAUCACCAUCACCACCACCGUUGUCACAGGCACACAGGGAAAGAAGAGGCAGCACCAGGACCCCUAGGACCACCCGCCCCAGGGGAGGAGCGAGCUCUGCCUCGUGGGGAAAAUACCAGCUGGGGGCUGGUGAGCGCCGGCUCUCCAGGUAGCACAAUUCUGGGCAGGAAACAGUGGUGUUGAAGUGCUGUGUGGAACGAUGCUGCUGCCUGGUUAAACUCCUUCCUGUCUCAGCUGCUGCUUCCCUGAGAUUUUUUUUUCCCAGUGGAGCAUUGCUGGGGGGUUCUGGGGAGGGCGUGGGGAGGCUUGUGCCUGUGGACCCACAUAGGCAUUGACAAAAGACAGGGAAAGAAAAAGGCAGGUGUGUCUGGCACCCACAGCAGAUGGGUCAGUGAUCACCAUCAGUGGGAGCAGGCAGAGACCUCAAAGCAGGAGCUGUGGGCAGCACAACUAUCAGCUACAGAAGAGUGCAGAGGGACAGACCACCUCUGCCCAGGAUAGCUGGG